AGAAACUAAAAAACACAUCUAAUCUGGGUCUAAUUACUCGUUCAGGACGGAGAGCUCUGCGAAUAAUUUGCGCUUCAAUAUCAACUGGAUCCGUUUGCAUGAGAAAAGUGGCCGUAACCCUGAGUUCGGAGUAAGCUAACCUGCCAGCGAGCAGGUUAGCUUCAGAGCGUAAGUUGCUAUAGUAACUGACUCAGGUUCUCUCUAAGCUCGGUUUCUGGAACGGAAAACUCUGAGUUUCCGUUAACUCUGAGUUUACUUACCCGGUUUUGUCACUUAACCUGCUUUCUGGAAUACCCCCCAGAGGACGUGUUUACUGUCAGCUUUGCGGAAUUAUUUUAAGGACUUCAGAAGGACAAGGUUAAAUACUUAAAUAAAUAAUUUUUUUUCUAGCACAAACAUUAAAAUGUACGAUGAACCCAAAAUAAACGUUUAUUAAAAGUUAUUUGCUAUCUGGGCAGGUGUUUACCGUCUUUUUUAAAGGAAUUAUUAUUAGGAAUCAGUUCGUCCAUCAGGCGGCGGUAGGAGCGGAGCUCUGUGGUCCAGACCGCCCCUCACUGUAGAAGCAGCUCCAGCUCCUCCAGCUCAGCUGUUUAUCCAUGGCGUCUCCAGCAGAAAUGGCUAAACUGGACUCCCUGAACUCCUUCUUCUAUGAGAGGAUGGUGGCUGUAGCGGGGGAGAUUUUCCAGGCGGUGAAGGAAACUUUCUCUGAGUAUCAGCUGGAGCUCCAGCGCUCCAAACGGGAGAACCUUUACCUGAGGAACAUGCUAGCUGAGGUUAGCAUUAACACCGCCUCAGAGUCGCAGCAAAGCCAUGCAGGUGAAGCUGAAGCACUAUGUCAAAACACCACCCAUGGCCUGCUGGACUCAGGCUCCUCAGUUUUUCAGGUCAAGCUGGAACUUUCUGCCUUACAACAGAAUCCCGAACCACAACAGCCAGUGGAAGAGCCGCCUUCAUGUCCAUCUCCAUAUGCAGUCACCGCUUGUAAUCAAGAGGAGCCACCACCUCACCCUUUUAUGGUUAAAUCUCUGAACGCUGAAGAGAAACGAGGUGGUGACUGCUCUCUGAUGGACUCCACAAGCAGAGCAGAAGCCUGGAGCUCUCAAGCCAUCUCCUCCGACGACUCCAACUUGGUUCCGAUGCAGCCUGAACAAGAACCUGCGGAGGAUCAUUUGUUAUCCAUCAAAGAUGUCAGAGAUAUCAAAGAUGAACCAGUGGUAGAGCCUUACCCUCAAUGUGAGGACCCGUACAAUGAUUUUAAUCAUUUAUCAUCUCACCUGCAGAUGCACACUACGGAUAGACUGCUUUACUGUGCAAUCUGCGGCAAACCGUUCAGAUACGAGAGAGUUCUAAAGGCGCACAUGGUGGUGCACCAGAAAGAGAGGCCAUACCGCUGUGAGCUGUGUGGAAAGUGCUACAGCUACGCACACGUACUUAAAAUACACCUGCGCACUCAUACAGGUGAGAGACCGUAUCACUGUAGGUACUGCGGCAAGACGUUCAACCAGAAAGGUCACGUGAAGGGCCACGAACGGAUCCACACUGGAGAAAAGAUUUAUAGCUGUUCGGUCUGUGGGAAGCGGUUCACCUGGCUGGGACAGGGAAAGGAGCAUCUUCGGAUUCAUCACGAUCAGGUCGCUACGAUUAUAAGGAAGAUAAAGAGCAGCUGUUGAAUGUGAUGGGACAUGUUGGACUUUCAUGAUGAGUUUUUUUUUUAAGCUACCAGCUGUUUUUAGACAUUUUAUGGCAGAUUGUCAUAGAAAAUGCUCAGAACUGACUGAAAACUUUCAAGAGUUAUUUUAUUCCCUGGCAACAGUUUGUAAAAUAAAUAGCACUUAAAUGGUCUUUAAGGCCAAUUACACUAUACCCUACACAUGAUGUAGCAUGAUGUUAACCACUUCAGAAAUGUAACUAUGUAUGUUACAGCGCUGACAGUAGCAGCUAUGAUUGGUCCACAUAGCCUUAUAUUCCUGCCUUUACAGUUAAACUACAGGGUGAGGUAGACAAACAAACUGACAUGGUAUAAAAAUGUGUAAAUGCUUACAAUGGUGUGGGCCAUUCACACAGGCUACAUACUGCGUAGAGUCUGCUUUGACUCAAUGCUCAAUGAUUCAGCCUUGACAGUAGGAAUCCACUUUCCAUUUCUCCUUAAAGCAUCCUGUUCAUUUCAGUGGUGAGCGCAAAUGCAUGGCAAGUCCAUCCAGACGAUCAGGAUGAGUAGGCAGGUACAUCAGACCAGUAUACCAUUUCCAGAAAUUGAUUGAUUGACUAAGUUGAAGGUAAUAAAAAUCAAAUAAUCAAAAUCUCCAGGUUGUUUUUUUUUUUUUGCUUAAUUUGCAUUCAAAAACGCCACAGACACGCCCACAUGCGUUGAGUCAAGAGAUCCAGCUUGCAUAAUGCAUCUAACAAAAAAGGGAAGUUAUGGUAUGGUGUCCAUUUGCUAUUUUUCCUCAACACAGCAUAGUCAGACAAAUUCAUAAGGAUUUAUAAUUCCAGGUACUGUCAUUACCCUGAAUUGUGAUUAUGUAGCUAUAGAACUGAUAUUAAACAGCAGAUACGUGAGCCACAAAAGUGGCUUAAGAAACCUGAAAAAAAGGGAAAAGCAAAAUCAGAGAAACUGAUUCAAAAACUGAAGUGGUCUCUUAUUUUUUUCCAGAGCUAAAGUACACGUUCUUGUUUACUCCAGCCGGCAGGGAGCGAUAGUUCACUGGCGGACCUCCUCCUCCUGUGUAGCUCUGAGAGCGAGUACAAACGGCGGGUUUGGCAGGUCCUGUUAUUGGAAAUCAAGACUGCGGCUAAAAUGACUAAAUUCGACGCUUUUAAUCAGUUUCUGAAGGAGCGGCUGUGCGGAGUCGCUGAGGAAAUAUUCCGGGCUGUGCAGGGGAUCGUCUCUGAGCAGAAGGAGGAGAUUAAACAGGCCAGAGAGGAGAUCCAGGUCCUCAGGAGGAUCGUGGCUGCAGCGAACCUGGAGGAGGACACAGAUAAACCUGUGAUUUCAGCAGGUAAACGUGGGCUACUUUAGCCUGAGAUCAGCAGAUGCUCAGACCAGUCUGCCAGUAGGACCUGACCAGCAGGAAUCCAGAACGGAACCACUGAAUUCUGAAUCCUCUUUAAUUCAGGUGAAACUAGAGGUUAAUGAUGUUCAGCAGAACACUGAGCCACAGCUUGUGAGCAACAACACCUCAACGAGCAACUCCACCACUAACUCCACCCCUCCUGCAAAGAAACUUCUUCCAAGAGUAACGUCGCAGUGCCCUACUAGAACAAAAGAGCAUGAAGCUCUACAGAUAAAUUCCUUCAUCUCUAUCAGUCUUAUGCCGUGUGAUUCCCAGUUGGUGUUUAAUAACUCAAGUGUAGUGCUAAAUCCAAGUUUAGGUUCUCCUCAUGUGGAAGGUGUAAAGGUUAAAGACACCCAUUCCUGUCCCUACUGUAACACAGCUUUCGAUGACCUUUCCCAGCUGGCGUCACACUUGGAAUGUCACAAGUACACGGACCCUUACCUUUGCCAGAUCUGUGGCAAGCGCUUUACAAGACGGGUGAACUGGAAGAAACAUAUGAUUGUGCACCAGGGACUUCGGCCAUUUCAGUGCAAGUUUGUGGUAAGGGUUUCAAUCAGAAGUGUCACCUGACGGAGCAUGAAAGAGUCCACACUGGUGAAAAACCUUUCAGCUGCUCGGUGUGUGGGCAGCGCUUCACUCAGUUCAAUCAUGUCCGGAAACAUGUUCGCAUAAUUCAUCGGGAUAAACUGCAGACGAUGGAAAGACCAAACACAGAGGGAUUUUUUUUAAACACAGAUUUUUUUUAACCAAUGCAUUAAAUGCAUGUUUUUUUUUUUUCAAAUUUCAAUCUAAAAUGGAUAUAAACAAUAUAAAAGCCACUGAAAGUCACUAAACUGUUGGUUUGACACUGAUCCUGACAAAUGAGCUACAUUUAAUGCCACUGUAAUGCAGUAUGUAAUGUGGUUUUGGUUGGCAUCAGAUCUGUCUCACGGCUCAUACCUCACAAGACAUAUAUUCUCUGCUAUCUCUUAGUUUUUUAUUGUCUUAAAUAGAGGGAAAAUGAAAUGAGUUUGUUAAAUUGACUAAGAGGUUUCUGUUAGUCUAAUUGUUUAAUAUAUGGUUUUACAUAAAACACACACAUAAAUCAAAUGUUUUCACACACCUGACUGAAUGUAUUUUUUAUUGUUUAAAAGAUAAUUAUCUUUUAUCUGUGCUCAAAUGUUUGAAGUUUGGUUUUAACACUCUAAGACUAUAACAUAUCACUGCAGUGAUGUGUAAAAGACCAGAGGUGCACAUGCAUUAAUUUUGCCUUCUUUUUCCGAUUGAAAACAUUUUAGUCACAUCUAUUAUAGAUUUUUCAUAUUUUUUUGUUGGUUGUUUGUUUUUUCUUACAUGAAUUUCCACAUUUCUUUGUAUUUGGUGUUUUUUCUAUUUUCUUUACUAAUUAUUUUUUAUAAUUUCAUUUAAAUAAAAGUAAAAAACAAGA